AUGGAUGAAAACGGCCAAUCUAAAGGGUAUGGAUUUGUUCACUUCGAAAAAGAAGAGUGCGCUGAACGUGCUAUCGAAAAGAUCAACAACAAAAUUAUUCGUGAUCGUGUUGUUUACGUUGGCAAGUUCAUACCUAAGGUUGAGCGUAAAUCACAAGCCAGGAAGCUAAGGUUUAACAACCUGUACAUCAAGAACUUUCCUCCGGAGACUGAUGAUGAAAAAUUGAAACAGAUGUUUGCUGAGUUUGGAGAGAUCAAAAGUGCAUGUGUAAUGAAAGAUGGCGAUGGAAAAUCGAAGGGUUUUGGAUUUGUGUGUUAUCUCGACCCAGAUCAUGCUGAAAACGCCGUUAAAACUAUGCAUGGGAAGGAGAUUGAAGGGAGAGCUCUUUAUUGUGCUCGAGCUCAACGGAAAGAGGAACGCCAAGAAGAGUUGAAACAGAGACUAGAAAAACAGCGUGCUGAACGUCAAUCGAACUAUACGUCAAAAGUUAAUUUGUAUGUCAAAAACCUAGACGACAACAUUGACGACAAACGACUCGCAGAAGCAUUCAGCGCCUAUGGAACCAUCACAAGUGCUAAGGUGAUGAAAGACGCAAAUAAUAGGUCUAAAGGCUUCGGUUUUGUCUGCUUCGCCGACCCUUCUCAGACUGCAAAGGCAGUUUCGGAAAUGAAUGCAACAAUUAUUGGCUCCAAGCCUCUGUACGUUGCUUUAGCUCAAAGGAAGGAAGAUCGUAGAGCACAACUGAUAGCAGAACAUCAGCAGCGAAUGGCACAGUAUAGAAGCUCGGUUGGUCAAAUAAUGCCUGCAGUACCGGGCCACGCGACACCACACAAUUAUUUCCCAUCUGCAUUCCAACAACCACCUAGAUUCUACCAUCCAACUGGAGCAGUUCUCGGCUCCCAACCACGCUGGAAUCGACCUGGCAUACCGGCCCAAUUCGGUGCGGUUUCAAACAGGCCACCUGUUGCUGGUCACUAUAUUGGUGCACACAAUCCUGCUGCUAUCCCAACGAACAUGGCGGCAUUCACUCAACUACGAUCACCUGGUGUUAACCGUCCCAUGGUGCCAAACGGAAUGUCCACGAUGCCCACGAAUCCUCACUUGCAAAACGCAAAUGUCCUAAACCAGGCUGCAAAUCAGCAAAGACAACAAGCAUCUGGCAGACAAGGAGUAGUUAUGCAGCAAAUGCUCACUGGGACGACUGGAGGCCUGAAUCAACGGCCAACUGCAGCAUCUGUGGUUGCAGGUCCACCGUCUGCUAAUUCUGCCGUGCGUGUGGCACCGCAAGUUGCAAGGCCUGUGUUGCACUCUGGUAUGUCUAACAUGCCUGGCACCGCAACAAGCGUCAGAUUCAAUCAGACAGCGCGUAACGUAUCAGCUCAGCCUGCUCUUGUCCAGGCCGGCAAUUUGUCUGCCGUUCUGACUCCACUUGGUGAUCAAGGCCAGCUAACUAUAAGCGCCCUCGCUCAGUUGCCUGAAGAAGAACAGAAGAGGACCUUAGGAGAGCAUCUUUAUCCACGCGUGAAAAUGAUGUAUCCCGAAUUGGCCAGUAAACUAACAGGAAUGCUUUUAUGCGUUGAUAACGCGGAGGUCAUCAAUCUUUUGGAGUCUGAGGAACUACUAAGAGCUAAGGUUGGUAUUCCUACAGGGACUGACGAUGAAUCUGGAUUCGUUGCCAGUCAGUUUGAUGAACAGGUUUCAAGAUCUUGUUGCAAUAUAAUAUGUCUUCAGUUGGAUGCUUCAUCUCAUGCUACUGCACAGUUUUCAGCCGUUUAUGCAGUGCUUACUGUUCCAUGCAUCUACCUGAUCAACCCCGAUGGACAGGUAAUUGAUGUUAAGUUGGGUCGUGUUGACAAUAAAGACUUGAUUGACUGGAUACGUAGUUCAGAAAGGAGAUCGACUGAAGUUGCAAGUAUACAUACAAGUAACGAUUCAUCAAAGGCUGUGACACCCGCUGCACCACCAUCGUCAUCUUCUCCAGGCAUCAUACCCACUGAAGCUAAUCACGUUACCACAUCAAAUACGGUGGAACAACAAGCACCACUUUCGUCUGGUCAAACGUUAGAAGAACGAGUGGAUUACGCCCGCCAGUUAAUUGAAGCUCAGAGGCGAGAAAAAGAAGAGGAAUAUAGGAAGAAAUCCAUUGAUGCUGAAAUUAAACGUCGAGAAACUGGAAAAGCUUUACAUGAGUUUAAAGAACGUCAGAGGCAAAGAGAAAUCGAUGAGGCUGUGGCUGAACGUCGUAAAGAAGAAGCUGAAUCACGCGCACAACUUGAAAAACUACGUCAACAAAUUGAAGAAGACCGUAAAGCUAGAGAAGAAAGGUGGCAACGUGUGAAUGGUUUGCAGCCACCAGCGACUGAGAAUACAAUUUCAGUUGGUCAAGAGUUACCUAGAAGUUCAUGCAAUUCAAAUGAGGUUCGACUGCAGUUACGGUCAUUAGAAGGUGGCCAUUUAGUGCAUCAAUUUCCUGCUACUGCAUCUCUUGCAGGUGAUGUGCGUAAUUGGCUCCAAGAAAUGGCAUCUUGCAAUUUCAAGAUGGAUGAUAACCUGCAGGUUUUGAAUGAACCAGCAAUCAGCAUAUUUAAGAACUUGAUAAAGAAAGGAUACCGAUUUUUACAGUUGCAUCCCAAAAGGUUGCUGGAACCUGAAGAGGAGUGUCAGUCAUUACGGGAACUCGGUUACUGUCCUUCGGCCACAUUGUUCCUAGUUUCGGAUAGACCUAAUCAAGCCGUUAGUCUUUCAUCCGGAGGAAUAGCUUCGCAGUUUUACUGCAUUAUCACUUCAAGCGUCAGUAGUGUUUAUGGUCUCCUUAGUUGGGCAUUCAGUGGGAUAUACUCUUUGGGUCAUGGUCUGGUGUCUACCGUGACAGGUUCCCGUACACAACAGUCUAAUAGUAAUUCUAAUAGACCGCCUGUUAAUCCAGACGAUAUGCCACGCACUCAUUAUGUGAGACGCCAGGGUAAUAUUGCACGUCUUUCUCAUAUGCCGGAUAAUUCAGACGAUGAACAGGCUCGAUGGAAUGGAAACUCAACAGAACAAUUGUGA